AUGUCUGCUGCACACGCCACGAGGGUACUUCCAAUGCAAUUACCCGCCCCCAACGACCCGUCCGUAGUAACGGAUGGCGAACAGAACACCGCAGUAGAUAGGGCACGGCCCGAGCAACUGCCAUCACCAUUCCCCAAACCAGGGGGGUGCGUGAAAUACCAACGUCCGUCCGUGCAGGUUCUAUCCCUGUUAAUAAGAGUGUUCGAAUGCCUCUAUCUAAUUAAUCUCAGCCAAUGUAGCAGAGAUGCUAAACGGAUGAGAAUAAUUCGAUCACAGGAAUCGGAACAGGAUCAUGCAGCAAGACUUAUUGCAUCUCAGGAACGUCAGGCUAGGUUACGUGCUUCAGAAACAUCACGUCAGCGAGAAUUACGACUUAGGUCAGAACGUUCUCGAUUGAUGGCCUUUCGAAAUAGAGAGAGUAGUGAACAGCGUAAUGCACGUUUAGCAGCCGAUCGUGAGGUGCAUGCUCUAUCGCGUGAGUCUGAGAACUUGAUUGACAGGGAAUCUCGCUUGAGUUCUCAAAGAGUGCUGUCAGCUCGAAUUCAUUCUCAAGAAACAGAUGAACAACGUGAAGCACGUUUAACUGCCGAUAAAGACGCUCAUGCUUUGUCGCGUGAAUCUGAGACUUUUACUGAUAGAGAAUCUCGCUUGAGUUAUCUAAGAGCAUUGUCAGCUCGAAUUCGAUCUCAUGAAACGGAUGAACAACGCGCAGCACGUUAG